UGACACUGGCUGUCUGUUGCAUGGUGCAUGUACUGUAUGUGUGUUGUGUGUACGUAUAUAAAAUCUUGCUGUACAGGCUGUAGUAUCAGUAGUAGCAAUAGGAUAAUAUGAGGACUGCUGCCGUAUGGGGCCUGCUGGCUCUACUGUGUCAGCACACACUGGUUAGCAGCCACAUACUGGGAAGGGCUACUUCAACCAGUGACCUUGCUCAGCUCAAGUCUUUACUGGAGCGCUUUGAGGACAAGCUGGCCGAAGCAGCCCAGGAGGAGGAUUCUGAAGCUGAUUAUGAAGAGACAAACCAAGAGUCUGAGCACAGCCAGGUCAGUCGAGGAUGGAGCCAGGAGGAGGAACAAGAAUAUCUGUCAGAAAAACCACCAGCAGAAGGCCACAGCAAGCCCACAAGUCAGAGGAGCCAUCUGCAGGACCUUCUGAUGACCACGAGGAAACGGGCCUCAAGUUGCUUUGGAGCCCGAAUGGACCGAAUAGGAAACGCCAGUGGUCUGGGAUGCAAUGGUGGAAAAGGGUAGACUGCCAUUUACACUGGAUACAUGUUGGAUUAUGUUUCUAUCUUCAAAUGAAGACGCAGCCAAAACAAUUGAUGAUUUUACAUUAUUGACCAUUCAGUUGUUUGUUUUGUGUGUUUUUCUGUAACAUAAACUCAAUAAAAUAAACCGUCACACAA